AUUCACUUCCCUCCCUCUCUUAAACGAACCUCGCCAAGAUCUCUCUCUCACACACAAACUCCAAGACUGUCUGUCUGUCUGUCUGUCUCUCUCUCUCUCUCUCUCUCUCUCUCUCUCCCUCUCUCUCUUAUUUCAGACACCACGGAGAGACAACGACGUCUUCGUUUCUACCCACAUCAUAAAAACCAGUGGACCAUAAAAUCGAAACCAAAUAAAAAGGAAGCAAAAAGAGAAGAACAAGAAAACUAACCCUAAAUCUAACCCCACAAAUCGAUAGAGACAUUGGAGAGACAACAUUGAUAUCUCUCUUAAAAGUUUGGAAUUAUGGUAGCUGGUAAGGUAAGGCUGGCAAUGGGUUUGCAAAAAUCACCUGCAAACAAAACUGAAACUCAUAAUAAUACACCACCACCAAAACCACCGAUUCCUUCUCCUAGCUCCGGCAAAGUAUCCUCUCAAAAGGCGGUUUUUUCACGCUCUUUCGGUGUUUACUUCCCUCGCUCCUCCGCUCAAGUCCAACCUCGUCCGCCUGACGUAACCGAGCUUUUAAAACUCGUUGAAGAGCUUCGUGAGCGUGAGUCUCUCUUAAAGACUGAACUUCUUGAAUUUAAACUGUUAAAAGAGAGUGUGGCUAUUGUUCCAGUUUUGGAAACUGUGAUUUCUAAUAAAAAUAUGGAGAUUGAGAAGGCAGUGAAGGAGGUAGAAUCACUAGAGCGUGAAAACGAGAGCUUAAAAGCCGAAUUGAGUGAAGUGAGAUUGAGAUUCGGAGAGGAGAGAAAAGAGGGUGCAAAGAAAGUUAAGGAAUUAGAAGCGGAAGUUGUAGAGCUGAAGAAAGCGGUGUCAGAUCGUGAGAAUGAAAUAGAGCUCUCUUCUUCACAGAGGUUUCAAGGGUUAAUGGAGGCCACAACCAAGUCUACUUUGAUUAAAAGCUUGAAGAAAGGAGUCAAAUGUACCGACAUUAUGAGUUCAUCGAGCCAGAAUCAAAAUGUAGAUCAUCAUUCUAAGAGAUUGGAAGAGAAUGUCGAAACCGAGAAGCUGAGGCAUUCGAGGUGUAACUCGGAGGAACUCACUGAGUCAACUCUGUCAUCUCGAGUUCCUAGGGUCCCUAAACCACCACCAAAACGAUCAUUGUCAUCGCUGGCGACAUCAUCAUCGUCAGUUUCAUCCAGCGGCUCUGAUCACUCAGUUUCAUGUCCACCUGCUCCUCAUCCGCCACCACCUCCUCCACCUCCGGUGGCUAAGAAGGUUGGUCCACCUCCGCCGCCACCGCCACCGCCACCAAAGGGGAAGAGAGCAGGGACGGAGAAAGUGAGGAGAGUUCCGGAGGUGGCGGAGUUUUAUCACUCGUUAAUGCGGAGGGACUCGCGGCGGGAUUCCGGCGGUGGAGUAGCGGAGGCCUUACCGGUAACGGCUAAUGCCCGUGAUAUGAUUGGGGAGAUAGAGAAUAGGUCGACUCAUUUGUUAGCGAUAAAAACAGAUGUGGAAAUACAAGGAGACUUUAUCAAGUUCUUGAUAAAAGAGGUUGAGAUUGCUGCAUUUACAGACAUCGAAGACGUGGUCCCUUUUGUUAAAUGGCUCGACGAUGAGCUAUCUUAUCUGGUUGAUGAAAGAGCAGUGCUUAAACACUUUGAUUGGCCGGAGCAGAAGGCAGAUGCAUUACGCGAGGCUGCCUUUGGCUACUAUGAUCUCAAGAAGCUAGAAUCGGAAGCCUCGCUGUUUCGAGACAAUCCCCGGCAGCCAUGCGGUCCUGCUCUCAAGAAAAUGCAGGCGUUGCUUGAAAAAUUGGAGCAUGGUGUUUACAAUCUAUCAAGAAUGAGAGAAUCAGCAACCAUGAGAUACAGAGGAUUUCAAAUUCCAACGGAUUGGAUGCUUGAAACAGGAAUAGUUAGUCAGAUUCAGUUGGCAUCUGUGAAAUUAGCGAUGAAGUUCUUGAAGAGGGUAUCUUCAGAACUUGAGACUGUUGGCGGGGGGCCCGAAGAAGAGGAGCUGAUAGUCCAAGGCGUUCGAUAUGCAUUCCGGGUACAUCAGUUUGCUGGAGGUUUCGAUGCGGAAACAAUGAGGGCAUUCCGAGAAUUGAGAGAUAAAGCCAGAUCAUGUCAUGUACAAUGUCAAAACCAGCAGCAACAGAAACUUGUAUGCGGGUCUACACCUUGCUAAUCUGUAGCAAACUCAGCUUCAGAAUUGCUGCCUUUUGUUGUAAAGAUAAAACACCAUGUUUGUCAUCUAUACUAUGACCGUGGCGAUCUUGGAAUCAGUAUUUUAUAAUGAUUCUUUCGUUCAUUCUUUUA